AUGAAGGCGGCCACCAGCAUCAUCCUCCUCACUACGGCUCUCACCGCCAGCGUCUCUGCCCUCGGCUGCUACGGCGGUGGGCAAGACAUCAGAGCAGAAGACUUAAUCUAUCACUCCGGCCGUGCCUGCAGGGGCUACGACGGCAAGCCGGGCGCCUUCCAAGGCACCUUCGGCCCGGGUGAAACCAAGUCGGUCUGUGUGGACAUUGGCGGCAACCGGGUCGACAUGCAAGUGCAUAACCAGAACGGCGGCGCAUCCUUCGAUAUCAGGGACGACGACUGUGCCAAAGAGCUGGCGAAUGUGGUCUACAGUUGCCAGUAUGACACCUCCAACUCCUGGGGCGGAGAGUUCCAAAACUCGGGAUGGUGGUUCAGAUUGGAUCCCAACAGCGGCAACUGCCCGCACUAG